UAAAGCUCAGACGCAAGGAAAUCUCCGCAAUCGCUGGGGAAAGCUGUAUUUUUAAGAGAAACGGGAGUCCUUUGCCGCUGGUUGAGGGGCUGGCUGGAUCGCUGUCUGCAAGGGCGGCGGGCGCGGAACGGGGGCUCGGACACGUUCCCCCCGCUCAGCCCGGCGGUGCGAGGAGAGGGCCCGGCCCGGCCGCGGCGCCAUGGCGACAGCGCGGCGCCGCGGCCAUGGCGGAGCAGGAGAAGGGCAGGGGUAAGGCCGGGCCCGGGCUCCCCCAUGGCGGAGCAGGAGAAGGGCAGGGAUGGCCUAGUAGCUGAAAUUGAGAAAAAGAUUACAGAAGCUUUUGAGGUGUUUGACCGUGAAUCCAAUAAAACUGUGGAUGGCAGAGAGAUUGGUUGCAUUAUCAGGUCACUGGGUUGCUUCCCAAAUGAGGCAGAAGUACAGGAACUACUUGCAAAGAUUGAAGAACCGGAUGGAUUCGUUCAUCUGGAAAACUUUCUUCGAGUGAUGACAGAAGUUCUACUUGACAGAAGAUUCCAGCCUAUUCCAGAAGAUGUUAUUCUACAUGCAUUUGAGGCUUUGGAUGAGAAUAAAUGUGAAUAUAUUACCAAAGAGGACCUGGUCAAACAUUUGACUGAAGAAGGUGAGCCCUUUACUCAGGAGGAAAUGGAGGACAUGCUCGCCGUUGCUCUAGAUCCAGAAACAAAUACUCUUCAUUACAGAGAAUACCGUACAAAGCUGGUAGUAGAUGAAACUAAGACCUUCCCUUUUAAUGUCUGAGAUGCCUUUUGGUAACAGCACCAUGGCUUGACAGAUAGUUGAAAUAUGUAUUUUAAAGUAUAACAAAGCUCAGCGUGUGACUUGGUACUUAUAAUUAAAAUGAAAUCUGUGAAGUUACA